ACUGUAAAAAAAAAUCAGAUCCUUGCAUAUGAAGGGCACAUCUGGCGAAGUCCAAAGUGUCUCCUUCUUAAAAAGAAGUUGCCACUUCCGCCCAAGGCGUUUCAGUCACUAGUAACUUGGAAUGGUAAUCUGUUUAACGAAACAGUAACAUUGUAGAAAAGGGCGUCCUAACAUGAAAAAUUGCGAACUGAUGGAAAGUGAGACAGGCAAACAUCGUCCAAAAUGAAGACCGCGAAUUUUACUACCAGUGAAGGGGUAACUUUUUAGGGUAAGAUUUGAGAAGGAUUUCUGCUUGGUUAAGCAACUGGAAGACCAUGAAAUAUGAGUGGCACUAACAUUACAGGAGCUGACUGGCUUUCGUCCUCGAACUUCAAUGGCUCCAUGUACAAUGCAUCCAGCAAAGGUUAUCCAGCCAACUUCAGCUGCGACAAUCCCAGCAGCAACAACUCCUGCAUCGAGGAACAGACGACAGAGAGCCCCUACAAGACGGUGGAAAUGGUUUUUAUUGCCUUGGUGACAGGCUCCCUCAGUUUUGUCACCGUAGUGGGCAACAUCCUGGUGAUGCUCUCCAUCAAAGUCAACCGGCACCUCCAAACGGUCAACAACUACUUCCUCUUCAGCCUGGCAUGUGCUGACCUCAUAAUCGGGGUCUUCUCCAUGAACCUCUAUUCUGUCUACAUCAUUGUUGGGUACUGGCCACUGGGGCCUGUAGUGUGUGAUCUGUGGCUGGCCCUGGACUAUGUGGUCAGCAAUGCCUCGGUCAUGAACCUCCUCAUUAUUAGCUUUGAUCGGUACUUCUGCGUGACCAAGCCCCUGAGCUACCCUACCAGACGGACAACUAAGAUGGCUGGGCUGAUGAUCGCAGCAGCCUGGAUCCUCUCCUUCAUCCUCUGGGCUCCCGCCAUCCUGUUCUGGCAAUUCAUUGUUGGAGAGCGCACAGUCCCACCGGGGGAGUGCUACAUUCAGUUCCUCUCCAACCCCGCCGUGACCUUUGGUACGGCCAUCGCCGCCUUCUACCUGCCCGUUGUCAUUAUGACCGUCCUCUACAUCCAAAUCUCGCUAGCAAGCCGCAGCCGCGUGAAGAAGCAGAAGCCCGAGGCCAAGAAGGAGAAGUCCCUCAAGUCCAGCAGCCUACUCAAGAGCCACAUCCUCAAGCAGAACAACAACAACUCCUCCUCUAAGCCCAGCACAGAGUCCAGCAUUGAGGGUGUGAAGAAUGGUAAGCUGGACGAAACAGUGUCCACCAAAGCUGACUCCAGUGUCCAGCCUGAGGAGAAGGAGACCUCCAAUGAUUCUAGUACAGCCAGCAUCGCCCCCAAGGACACCAAGGAACAGGCCAACAGCAUAGCCGCCUCAGAGCGCACAGCUCUCACUCCCUCCCCCUUACCCACCAAAAUAAACCCCUCCUCUAAGUGGUCGAAAAUAAAAAUUGUCACCAAGCAGUCCGGGGAUGAGUGCAUCACCGCUAUCGAGAUUGUGCCCCCAAACAAUGCCGGAAACAACUCCAUCUCCAUCAGCCGACCGAGGACGGUGGCCCGGAAGUUUGCCAGCAUCGCCCGAAGUCAAGUCAAGAGGAAGCGGCAGAUGGCAGCGAGGGAGAAGAAGGUGACUAAGACCAUCUUCGCCAUCCUCCUGGCCUUUAUCAUAACAUGGACUCCCUACAAUGUCAUGGUACUCAUCAACACCUUCUGCCAAUCCUGUGUCCCUGACACGGUAUGGGCCAUUGGCUACUGGCUAUGCUAUGUCAACAGCACUAUAAAUCCUGCAUGCUAUGCCCUCUGCAAUGUUACUUUUAAAAAGACCUUCAAGAACCUCCUCUUGUGCCAAUAUAAAAAUAUUGGCACAAGGUAAGCCUGAGUGAAAAGACUCUUGACUGUGCUCACUGCCCUGAUAGCUUGUGGAUUUUAACCCUCACAUAAUGGCUCUGAAGGUACCAAUUCUGAAGAGGCACAAUAGUCUUUCCCAUCCUCUGAAUCAAUGUGUAUUAUAGAAUGGAAGGGACUUUUUCACUGUAAAAAAUGGAUCCUGGUAAAAUCAAGAGUUUUCUGGUUUGAUGCAAGAUGCUGCAGCAGUAUAAUUUCAGUCCAUCGCAGCUGUGAAGGGCCAGCAGUAAUCUUUGCUAGUCUGUGGAACUGUAGAGACAAUCUUCAAACAAAGCACAGCAAAAAUGGUGUCCGGUCAUAAAACUCUCACCCCUCAAUGGAGAACUGAGUAAGGGUAAUGUCCUUUUCUGAGAUUCUACAGAUCACAAGUUGCAGUUUCGAAUAAAAAAAACCUAACUUUUCUUAAAUCCUACAGAAUCAAGAGGAUUAUUAGUUAAUCUUUUAGCUGCCAUUAAUACCUGCCAUUUUAGGCAUUGUGGCAACCUGCAAUUACCCCCACAAUUCACACACACACAAUUCAGUCAAGUUUAAGACAGAAUCAAAGCAAUUAGUUUAUCACACAUCUCCCAUUAAUAUUUCAGUUCUCCAUUAAAACAUCAAAUGACUUCCCAGACAGCACACUGAGAAAAGAGACUGAGGGCGAACAUAGAUGCUCUAUCACUUUCCAUCUGUGAGAGGUAGUCAUGACAUAGCAUAGAGGUAGUUUGCCUAUUGGCAAUGUCACGGCUAUUUUGAUUACUACUGCUCUGCUAUAGAUUAAGAUUUGUGUCAAAAGUAUAAAGCAAAACAUCAUUUGUUAUGAUCUAACAAAACGACAUAGGAAAAACAUUACUUGGAAUUUUUAGGUUUUACACUUAAAAAUCAGUAUUUUUAAACUACUUUCAUUCAUAAAUGUUUUGCUUGAUAAUUCUGAAAUCUAUCAAAAGUAUAAUGUUUUCUUUGAAUAUUUUAGCACAAAUUUGAUUCCACUGUAAAUGUCAUUGCUGUAACAUCUUCCCUAUGGGAAAACUACCUCCAUGCUAUGUUGCCCUACCUCCCACAGAUGGAGUGCAAUAGAGCACCUAUGGCAGUCUUACGUUGCUGUGUUCAAACAAGUAUUGUUUGAACUUUCAAACAGUACUUUUUCAGACAAACUAGGCACACAUUUAAGUGAUGUUUAUUCUGUAGAAAUAACAUCUGUGAUAUGGACCAGAUGCUCACUGAGGGCAAUCACAAGUUCCAAACUCUCCAUCCCAACUCCUUCUUGCAACAGUAUACGGUAAGUUUAGAUGUUGUGCUUCAAACAGAAACAGAUGAAACAAAGGUCCCAGUUUUAUGUGUUGCUAUCCUCUUGACUUUGCUCCUAAAUUCAAGCCAGUUAUAAUGCUACAACCUUUUGUGCCCAUUUUAAACAAAUUAUUGUGUAUAGAACUGUUAAACGAAACGUACAGGAUCUUGAAGCAAAUGGGGGGAACUUUUGAACAUUGUUUUCCUGCUCAUUUAGAGAAAUGUAAAUACUAUGCCUAUGUAUACAUAAAAUAUGUU